CCUCAUCACCAGGCCAAACCAACCUCCUCGCACGAACACACGUUCCAAGAAGAGACACAAAUUAAGAUUCCAAAAAGAUGAGCGUGGAGAUCCUCGACGGGAGCACUGUCCGGAGCUUCGUGGAGGACGAAGGCGCCUUCAACUCCUCGGUGGACGGCCGGUUCGCCGCGCUGGACGCCGACCACGAUGGUCUGCUCACCUACGCCGAGAUGGCCGACGAGCUCAUGAGCCUGCGCGUGUUGGAGAAGCACUUCGGCGUGGAUGAGGCCGUGGCGGCGCCGGAGGAGCUCGCAGGGCUGUACCGCAGCCUGUUCGCGCGGUUUGACAGGGACGGCAGCGGCAAGGUUGACAGGCAGGAGUUCCGGGCAGAGAUGAAGGAGGUGAUGCUCGCUGUUGCCAACGGGCUGGGCUUCCUCCCCGUGCAGAUGGUCGUCGAGGAAGGCAGUUUCCUCAAGGUCGCCGUCGACAGGGAGCUCGGCCAGCUCGCCAAAGCUGCCUGAUCGAAGUUCUUGGAGCGCAACAGCCAGUGCUUGCUUGGAGUUUUCAGUUCAUUACUAAAAUUUUGAUGUGUGCCGUACUAUUCAUUACCACCAUUUUUCACAUUGAGUUACAGAGUAUUUGUAAGACUUACUCAUGUACUAGUAAGUACAUAUUGUUCUAUGAUCACGCAAAGACUUAAUACGAGCAAUAUACUAAUUUGUAAGAGUA